AUGCACCGGACCCUCGCCACGCCCCUUCUGCUCAAGGCCAUAAUCCUCCCCACUCCCCCGCUGGAGCCCCAAGGUCCCCGUCACAGCCACUGGCCCCCUGGCUCCAGCCCCAGGCCACCCUGGCUGGUCCUCCCCAUCACCCCCAGUCCCAGAGUGCAAGGUGGUGCAACCCGCCCCAUCACACCCAGUCCUAGAGUGCCGAGUGGCGCAACCCGCCCCAUCACCCCCAGUCCCGGAGUGCCGGGUGGUGCAACCCGCCCCAUCACCCCCAGUCCCAGAGUGCAAGGUGGUGCAACCCGCCCCAUCAUCCCCAGUCCCAGAGUGCCGAGUGGCGCAACCCGCCCCAUCACCCCCAGUCCCAGAGUGCCGGGUGGCGCAACCCGCCCCAUCACCCCCAGUCCCAGAGUGCCAGGUGGCACGACCUGCCCCAUCGCCCUCAGUCCCGGAGUGCCAGGUGGUGCAACCCGCCCCAUCACCCCCAGUCCCGGAGUGCCGGGUGGUGCAACCCGCCCCAUCACCCCCAGUCCCAGAGUGCCAGAUGGCAUCACCUGCCCCAUCACCCCCAGUCCCAGAGUGCCGGGUGGUGCAACCCGCCCCAUCACCCCCAGUCCCGGAGUGCCGGGUGGUGCAACCCGCCCCAUCACCCCCAGUCCCGGAGUGCCGGGUGGUGCAACCCGCCCCAUCACCCCCAGUCCCGGAGUGCCGGGUGGUGCAACCCGCCCCAUCACCCCCAGUCCCGGAGUGCCGGGUGGUGCAACCCGCCCCAUCACCCCCAGUCCCGGAGUGCCGGGUGGUGCAACCCGCCCCAUCACCCCCAGUCCCGGAGUGCCGGGUGGUGCAACCCGCCCCAUCACCCCCAGUCCCGGAGUGCCGGGUGGUGCAACCCGCCCCAUCACCCCCAGUCCCGGAGUGCCGGGUGGUGCAACCCGCCCCAUCACCCCCAGUCCCGGAGUGCCGGGUGGUGCAACCCGCCCCAUCACCCCCAGUCGAAACCCGCCCCACCCCCCCCAGUCCCAGAGUGCCAGGUGGCACGACCUGCCCCAUCACCCCCAGUCCCAGAGUGCCAGGUGGCACGACCUGCCCCAUCGCCCUCAGUCCCGGAGUGCCCCAGAGUGCAAGGUGGUGCAACCCGCCCCAUCACACCCAGUCCUAGAGUGCCGAGUGGCGCAACCCGCCCCAUCACCCCCAGUCCCAGAGUGCAAGGUGGUGCAACCCGCCCCAUCAUCCCCAGUCCCGGAGUGCCGGGUGGUGCAACCCGCCCCAUCACCCCCAGUCCCGGAGUGCCGGGUGGUGCAACCCGCCCCAUCACCCCCAGUCCCGGAGUGCCGGGUGGUGCAACCCGCCCCAUCACCCCCAGUCCCGGAGUGCCGGGUGGUGCAACCCGCCCCAUCACCCCCAGUCCCGGAGCCACCAGCCCCCCCCUGA